AUGGCGCAGGAGGAGCACGACACGAUCUAUGAUCACGUCAACUUCAAACUUCCGCCGCCGUCCCGGGGCGAAGAAUGGCGCAGCAUGGGGGAGCUGCCCACUCCCGCAGAGCUCAACCUCAGCUGUGGCGGUCAGGCCACAGAGGCUGACGUUUUUCAGAACGUCAGCCUCAUGAGGAAUGAUGUCUCAGUGCCAUACAAUGGCACACUGAGAUACUUGGAGACACACUACCGUCUCAAUCGGGAGCAUGGGAUCACCUUCCUCCGAUACGGUGUGCUCCAGUACAAACGCAACCGGCUGAUGAUGGACAAUGAACACACUUGUGUGUACACAAAGGCAAGGUCACAUUGUCUCCACGUCUUCGUUCGUGGUUACCUGAUGACGAGACUGGGGCCUGUCUGUCGCAUCCAAUUCUCGAGCCAACGAGCUGGCAAGAAGAUUCGGUGGACUACCUCGCCCAGAUUGACACAUGGAAGUGUUGUCGCAAUCUCGACAGCAGCAGACAAUUUCCAGACCAUCUGCAAGGUAGCCACUAUUGCAGACCGGCGCUUCAAGGAUGGCCUCGACCAGCAGCCCUCCUUGAUCGACAUUUUUUGGGCCAACAUCCAAGACGCGGUCAUAGACCCCAGCCAGGAGCUUGUCAUGAUUGAGUCUCGUCACGGCUUCUUUGAGGCAGUCCGAUACACUCUCGUUGGCCUGCAGCAUGUUGCAAAAUCAGGCAGCCCCAUCCUCAAGUACCUUGUGAAUGGCAGAAACCUCGAUGCCAGCCCUUCCUUUAUCAUGGAGAAUCCCAAGAUAGACCUGUCGCCCAUCAUCCAUUACCUGCCUAGAGAUAGCCUUGAAAGAGCUCGCCUUCUGCAUCCUUACCGCAAUUACGAUAUUCUCGAGGGCAUUACCGAUGAUAUUGCGCCCAAUACUAGUCUAGACAACUCUCAGUUGCAAGCCGUCCACCGCAUCCUGACCAAGGAGCUCGCCAUUAUACAGGGCCCUCCUGGCACAGGUAAGACGUUUACGUCUGUCGAGUCCCUCCGAUGCAUUGUCAGUACACUCACGGCUGGUAUGACAAAAGAACCCGAUCAAGUCAUUAUCGUUGCUGCAGAGACGAACCAUGCUGUCGAUCAAAUACUCACUCAUUUGAUCAAGCACGACAUCAAAGUCCUCCGUCUUGGUGGUCGGACACGCGACGAUGAAAUAAAGAAGUACAGCUUGUUCAACCUGAGAACCCGUGCAAUGAAACGUAGCUGGAAAGACCUGAAGAAUAUCGAGACAACUCGCAAGAAACAAAUAACAGAAAUUGAGAAUAUUAUCAAUGAGUUCUUCCCUCGAGAGCUACUUGACCCCAGCAUCUUACUCGACGACAAGCUCGUUACCAAGGAACAGUACAACUCCCUUAUUAGAGAAACUGGGAACUGGCAGCCUCCGUCUAGAAGACCAUCAGGUGUCCUGUCUGAAUGGCUGGAUGAAUCCUUGCAGGAUAUCUCUAUCAGCCGUACUCAUGAUCCCGUCUUUAAUAACGAAGAGAUGUCUGAGGACUUUGAAAAUCACAGUCAAAACGGCAGAACUCACGAACCCGAUGCCGAUGACCCGGCUUCUGAUGAUGGUGCUGACGACUCACACUUACGGGGUACCUGGAUUCCUAUCGAUCGAAGAUGGGGCGGCGCCAAUCCCCAGAACAUUCCUGCAGACAAUAUUCUCAUGCGCCGACAGAUGAAGAAGCAGGACCUUUGGGAUGUCGACAAGAAAUGGCGGGGUCCUAUCUACGAGCAUUGGCAUAAGCAGGCGCUAGCCAAGCGUUAUGAAGCUGUAACCUCUCUACUCUCCACUUACUCUCAAUUAUGUAAGAGUAUAAAAAUCACUGGCUGGAAGCGCGAUGUACAGUGCAUCAAGAUGAUGAACAUCCAUGUCGUCGGCUGCACGACUACUGGCUUGUCUAAGUACCGUGGUCUUCUCGCCGCUUUGAAACCCAAGACUAUUCUCAUCGAAGAAGCAGCUCAAAGUCGCGAGGCACAUAUCGCCGCAGCUUUGCUUCCUAGUCUGCAACAGCUCGUACUCGUUGGAGAUCAUCAGCAGCUACCACCUCAUUGUGACGUGCCUGGUUUGGCAGACGGUUUCCACAAUUUGAAUGUCUCCAUGUUUGAACGUCUGGUAACUCAUAUUCAUGUUCCCUACAUUAUGCUAAACCAGCAACGCCGUAUGAUCCCCGACAUCCGCGCUCUUCUGAACCCUUUCUAUCCAGCCCUAGGAGACCAUCCAAGUGUCUGGGACAAAGCCCACCGGCCAGAUGUCCCUGGGAUGCUCCACAACUCCUAUUUGUUCACCCACGAUUGGGUUGAGGGCACAGAUGUGGAGAUGCUUAGCAAGUACAAUGAGGAAGAGGCGAAGAUGGUGGUCGGCUUUGCCGUAUACCUCAUCCAGAACGGCGUCACGGCAAAGCAAAUCACGAUCUUGACAUUCUACCGCGGCCAACGCAAAAUCAUCAUGCACUACGCACGGAAAUCUCUUGUAUUAUUGCUAGGCCAUGCGAACAUUAAUGUAUCCACUGUCGACUCGUACCAGGGUGAGGAGAAUGACAUAGUCCUUCUUUCAUUGGUUCGCAGCAAUGUACGCAACCGUCCUGCUCUUGCUGGAUUCGUGGGAGACAUGAAUCGUGGCGUCGUAGCAAUCAGUCGUGCCCGCCGUGGAUUCUACGUCUUCGGCAAUAUACAAAACCUGGAGGAUGCUACCGAGACAUCGCAGUUCAUGUGGGGCAACGUUCGGUCCAUUUUUGAACGCCUGGGCCGUUAUGAUCCCAAAGAUUCCCGCCUGCCACUUCGAUGCCAGAAGCAUAAUACAAUUACCUACGUUUACAAUGCAGAAGGUUUCAAUAACACCAUUGGUGGCUGCCAGGCGCCAUGCCCCGAAGUGUUCACGACUUGCAAUCAUCCCUGUGGGCGCAAGUGCCAUCCCAUAUCACAUGAUCAACUCAUCUGCCAGCAGCCCUGUGAGCGCAAGCUCCGAUGUGGACAUGGCUGCAGAGAAAAAUGCGGAGACAGGUGUCGUUGU